AUGGCCGCACUUGUACUGGUCCUUCGACAUGUGCGAUCUUACGAGCGCCUGAAUGCGCGCCGCUUGCAACAUCUGGCGCAGGAAGCAGACGCAGAAGAUCCUGCCGCUGACGAGGACGCUGACGAACGCCGCCACUGCAUCAAGCGGUCCUUUCAUUGCAAGCUGCUCAGCCCCUUACUGGGGUACGGUUCUGACUUCGAGCUACUGCAGUAUGUCUACGACCUCCAUUUGUGGACAGACCUCGGCAGCAAGCGCAACGCUGCCAAUGGCACGGCCAUGCGCCUCAUGAUGCGUGGCCAUCCGAUGUCACCGCUCUACUGGAUGGACAUUAAGCAUGGCCUGCAUGACCUCGUCCGCCAGCUGGGAUACCCGCAUCUUUACUGGACGCUUGCGCCGUACGAACGGAGCUUUCCAUACCACACGUACUUGCUUGAUGAAAUGCAGAAGCUCCUGCGCGAGCGUAUGCGACUCCCGGCGUUGGAAACCAUGCAUCUUACUCACGUGAUGCUGCAAGUCGCCCGCGGCUUGCUAGCCGGACGGGGGCGACAUCGAGGUGUCGCGUGGACACAACAUCUCCUAGGAAAGGACCAGGGGCCCAACGGGGUGCACUUUUUCACCCGGGUCGAAUUUCAGGAUGGGUCUAAGAAGCCUGGAACGCAGCAGUACCAUGGAUCUGGGCGACCCCACAUACACUGUUUGUUCUGGCUUCGCGACCCUGGCGCUGCUGACCUGGCGUCCGUGGCUGCUGCAACCGAAGACUUGCCGGCAGCGGAGGAAAACUUGGCAGCAUUUGUGCGCGGCUCGCAGCGCGAUGCUUCCGGCGAGAGUCGUUGGCCGGUCCGGAACGAAGACUCAGCCUUCGAUGCUCUGGACGGUCAACUACGGUUGCACCACACAGACGACGACGCUGCCCACGGGGUGCGGGGAUACUUUCCUGACAUUUUAGACGCACUACGCUGCCAUCAAGACUUGCAGGCAAAGCAGGGACGGGGCCUGCUGCUGGCAUAUGUGGCCAAGUAUGUGGCAAAAUGGUCAGACUCCUCCUACGACGAGUGGAUGUCGGACGCAGCCAGCGUCACCAGUCUUUGUCGAAAAGUACUCUUCGAGUACCAUCCGCUAGAGCCGGAGAUGACACUCCAGCUGUCCCAAGCGCUCUUUCGACCUUGGGAGUUCGGGACAGUGAACUCGGGACGUCGGUCCUUAAGAGCUCCACACCCGUCGGAGCGGUCUGAGGACCAGCCGCUCUUCGUCCGCCAGUACAUGGCCAGCACACGGCGCAGCGACCGGAUGUCUCUGCUCGAGUUUCUGCGAAAGUCCAGCGCCACUGGCGACAUUGCCGGGUGGCUGCGUGAAAAGCACCGGCAGGAGCAGCAGCGCGGAGACUCGACGUCGCUUCACAACUUUGCUGAGAACUACGCGAUGCAGGGAGAGCAGAUCGUGGCCACGGACUACCUAUGGCGGCUUAACGAUCGUUACUUUGGCCAAUGGUGCAUGAUGAACCUGCCUUUUCGUACGAUGGCUUACUUUGCGGAUGUGGCCGGGAUCGAGAAGGUGCCGGCGCGCUAUCGGUGGUUCGCCACGGCCCUUGUGCUUACGGACAACAUGACCUGCGCGCCCCUACGCGGUUACUGGCGCGAGCCCAGCAACCUGGCCAACGACAUGCAGCUGGAGGGUAAGCCAACUGCAGUGAUUGAGGAGGACGCCGUGCUGCUGCAAGGGAACGGGGAUGAGAGCGGGAGCGGCGAGGCGCUUCGGGGGGAGUCGUUUGCAUUCGAAGGCAAGCAACUGCUGCUGUUCAACUUGAUCCGCGCUCGCACUGCCACUUCUAUGGAAGCACAGAACGCAACGGAAGACGUGCAAAUAGAGCAGGCCCGGGCACGACUCCAGGGA